AUGAGCUAUCCUCGCCACCGACAACCGUCUCCGGUCAGCAAGCAUUCCGUUGACCCCAUGAGAGCAUCCACGGGGAAUAUGACAGUCAGUUCUGACAUAGAUCCGUACAAUAUCCCCAGAGUUGCCUAUGAUGGAUACUAUUCAUCUAGUAUUGCAGGAGAUCGGAACUUAGAAUCGUCUUAUAGAAGCUAUUACUACCCUGUGCGAUCUCCUCGUCCUAAUGACGACCGUUCCGUUGACACUCACCCCAUUUCGUCAUACCGCUUGACGAAUCUGCCAAUCUCCUCCAGAACCGAGUAUGCUGUUCGACCAAGGGGCAAUACGUCGUCCGUGGCCGAUUCCACUCGCCGCCCUUUAAGUGUCACCAUACCAUCGCCAAACAGAUUGUUUGCUGGGUACGACAGUAGCCGCUCUCCCAGGCCAUCAUCAUACUAUGCAGCAACUGAUGCAGAGCGAUAUAUUGUACCUGCGUCAUCAUUGCCUUCCAGACAUCGUCGAAUAUUUAGUUCUGAUGACCGAGAAGGUCGAUUAACGCUCGAUGACAAAGAGGCAACAACUCGUAUGGAGCGUGCAAAUUAUUUAGUUGCGGGGAGGAGCCCGCGAAUGGUUUACCCAGUUUCUGCCCCAACAAAUACACAACAAAACAUUGAACUUGGUGAUUCUUAUUCAUACACAAAUCCAGCAGAGCAGUUUUAUAGGGACUUUGAGGCCACUAAAGACUAUCGACGAGAUAAUUACGGGAGUCGAAAAACAAGGCCUUUAAGUUUUACUGGCUUGGAACGCGGCCUACCGCAGAUUCCUAGAGAUUCCAGAGACUCUGGCCCGCCGCCUUCUGCGAGACGAUCUGACAGGAUUGGAAGAGGGGAGACGCAUCGAUCAUCAUCUCAGAAGAGAGAAGGUAGUGUAGCAUCCUAUACAUCUGACAUACUCCAGCGGCGCUCCAAGGUCCCCGUCUUCAUUCACCAGGACGGAGUCAAGGUUUCAAAACAUCCCGAAUAUAGCGAUUCAAGAGAACUCCAGAGCUACCGUUACGAUGACGAUGCUUCCACAAGUCAAGUUUCUCACCAUAGACAUCACGCGGAAGACGUGCGAUAUAAUGAAGUUCCCCCGAUAGGCACCGAAUCCAAAGGCACCGGAGACCUAUCAGUCUCCAGCAGCCUUGCGACAGCUGGACUAGCUAGUGGCUACUCGAAAGAUUUGCUCAAGGGGCUCGAAGUUGAUUUUGGAACUCGGGCUGAUGAGCGAAGAGUUCGGGACUCGGUCCGUGGUCCUAGAUCAAGCCACAAGAAUGGUGAACCUACCAAAGUGCACUCUGAGGGUGAACAAGACAUAGACGAGCGGCUCCCAGAUAAAGACAGAAGAGUUCACAGACAUAGAAUCGUCGAACAUUCAAGACGGGAACACUCAGAAGGAAAUGUUGCCUCCCGUCGCACUCACCAUGCCGGCGACUCAGAAUAUGACUACCACAAUUCCAGGCGACAAGAGGGACCAUCUCAGCGCGCUUCAGAUAUGCUUCUCCCGAAUGAGCCCAUUGUCUCGACCCCGAUCGAUAUUAUCUCUGAUGAGCGUCAAAGGGAACCCUACCAUACUGAAUUUAUUCGGCCUAGGGAACCCGAGCAACUUCCAAAGGGAAUCCUGAAGCCUCCAAAGGAUAAGUUCCCUGAAGAUCGGACAGCUGUGAGGGAAGGGAUCGCGCCGUUAAAAGACACGACGAAAAAGGGCAUUCCCAAAGGUGCACGUUGGACCAAGGUAGAUCGAAAGCUUGUCACUCCAGCGGCUUUGGAAGGAGAACGUUACGAAGAACGCCCUGAUUAUAUAAUUGUUUUAAGGGUCCUUACACUCGAAGAAAUUGAGGAGUUCGCAAAGAAAUCAUCACAAAUUAGAGCAGCUAGGUACGAGGCCUAUCGCAAUGAACGUCGUAGACAUCGAGACGAUGACGAGCAUAGUGAAGAAGAUCGCAAACCCCGUCUUGUCAUUGAAUCAUCCACCGAAUCAAGGCGACGUUCGCCACCUGAUCCUCACCAUUCUGAAUCCUAUAAGUCUCGUGCUCCGCGAUCGUAA